CUCGCGCGGUGUGUUGCGAAGAUCCAAGCUCGCAAAUCCUUUAUCUCGCACUACCAUCACCAUUACCACAACGACUACCAACUCUCGCUGCACUAUUUCAACAUCUGCACACCAUGGCCGGACGCAAGUUCUUUGUCGGAGGAAACUGGAAGAUGAACGGCACGAUUGAGAGCGGCAAGAAGCUCGUCGAGACGAUCAAGUCUGCCAAGCUUGACUCCAACACGGAGGUCGUUAUUGCGCCUCCGGCAAUUCACCUGCUCCUCGUCAAGGACGCACUUUCGGGCGUCGAGCACGUGCAGGUGUCUGGCCAGAACGCCUACCACAAGGCUUCGGGCGCCUUCACGGGCGAGGUCUCUGUCACGCAGCUCCAGGACGCCGGCAUCCCCUGGGUGAUCCUGGGCCACUCGGAGCGCAGGACCGUCUUCAAGGAGACGGACGACCAGACGGCCGAGAAGACAAAGGCAGCCCUCGACGCUGGCCUCAGUGUCAUCGUCUGCGUCGGUGAGACGCUCGACGAGAGGGAAAAGAACGAGAGCGUCAACGUCGUCGUCCGGCAGCUCAACGCCGUGGCUGAUCAGGUCAAGGACUGGACCAAGGUCGUCGUCGCUUACGAGCCCGUCUGGGCUAUCGGCACGGGCAAGGUGGCCACCGCCGAGCAGGCGCAGGAGGUGCACGCUGCCAUCCGCAAGUGGGCCUCGGACAAGCUCGGCCAGAGCGCCGCCGAGAGCCUCCGCAUCAUCUACGGCGGCUCCGUCGCCGCAAAGAACUGCAAGGAGCUGGCGACCCAGAACGACAUCGACGGCUUCCUCGUCGGUGGUGCUUCGCUCAAGCCAGAGUUCACCGAGAUUGUCAACGCUCGCCUGUAAAUGACUAUUCCGUUGCGAGUAUUUUAAGCAGAGAGCGACGUCGAUGAGUAGGAGUGAAAAGCAAGGAAUAAAUACCAGACUAUUAUGGUACUAUAGACCCCGUGAUGCGUGCGCUCGAUAGAGG